AUGCCUGAUAUAAACUUCAAUCUCUUGGUCGACCGAGCCAAGGAUGUUGAUCCGGAUAUCAGGUUUAUGGCAUUGGAAGAUUUACGAAAGUUUUUAUCAGAUGAAACAGCGGUAUCGACAAGAUCGUCAUUGAAUUAUCAUUUGACCAACUUGUUUCCCACAUUGCUAAACAUGUUAGAUGACUCCAACCCGGAUGUUCAGAACCAGGCUAUAAGGUCGUUUGAGCCAAUGGUACGAUACUUGAACAACAACUCUAUACUUCAGCUUGUUAAAAGUUUAUUUACAUUAGUUCAAGCUAGUAAUACCAAAAACUUGUUGUCCUCAUCUUCGUCAUCAUCAAAAGAGAACCGAAACUUUCGAAGUUUCACCAUCUCCAUUCCAAAUAUGGCCUUACUUUCAUUGUUUGCACAGUCAAAUUCAAGAGACAAGUCUGAUUUUGUCACAGAUAAGUUAUCCAAAUCCAAUUACAAAUUUGAUCGAGAAUUGGCCAGAAGCAUUAUGGACUAUAUUCUUCCGUUGAUACUUGAGAACGAAACUACUUUUGAUAACAUAGAGUUGCUAAUUAAUUUGAUCACGGAGAUUGGGUACAUCUUAAAUAGCAAAGAAGCGGUUAAAUUGGCACGCUUUUUCAUCUUUGUCAGUUUCACCGAACAAGGCAUAAUUGGAAAAAAGGCCAUUGUGGGAGUUGAACGCGUUGUUGCUCUCAUUAACAAAGAGGCGCUGAUUUCUGCACUAGUAAAUGACAUCUUGUCACAAGGCAAGAAUGAGUCGAGAUUAGCCAAUAGAAAAUUCGUGUUGUAUCAAUUGUUUUCCGUUAUAUUGCGAAGAGGUAUCAAACCAUCUCAAAUAGCUGAUAUCUAUAAAAUCAUUAGCGCUGAAAUUAAAGCAGACAUUGAAAAAGAUGGCGAGGACUUUGACUUUGAUGUGCUUGAAAAACAAAAUGCCAUAAAAGAAGAGGCUUUUAUAAGUCUAAUUGACUUGGUAUGUGGAAACUUCUUGCCAAGUGAGUACAAAAGUGAAGUUUUUGAUAUAAUGAAGACGUUUUUGAAAUUCGAUCCUUUGAAUUGUGGAGAAAGCAGUGACUCUGAUGAAGAUGAUGACGAGGAUAUUGUUUUCAGUGACGAUGAGAUAGAGACGGCAGGGGAAGCAGAUAAUGACGGGUCCUGGAAAUUGCGCGCUAAAGCGACAAUCUUAACACGCUGCUUACUCAAAGCGUUUCCUGAUACAUUAGAGCUAAUAUCUAGCCAAAUAUUGCCAAUUUUACCAUUCAAGGAUUCCAAUGAUCAGGUAGUAUCAGAAGCUGUCAAAACAUGCAUUGCUAUUGUCCAAGCAACCUCGCCUCGCGACGCACAGAAUAUCCAAUUGCUUGAAAAGAUUGUAACCGAUAUAUUGCAAGAUGCCAAAGAGGAACAGUUACCGUUAUUUCUCAGACUUAUAGAGAGUUUGAAUAGGUUUGACAACGCUUCCUUGAUUGCUUCGACUUUUGCAGUGUUGCAACACCGACAAAUCAACUCUGCAAAUUCUUUGGACUAUUUACAAUUCUACACCAGUGUAUUGAAAUUCCAUGAUAAUCUCAGCACAAAAGUAGUCAACCACAUCGCCAGCGACAUUGCUUCUAAUAUUGAUGAUAAAUCACUCAAUAUGGUAUCUGAGUCAUUAAGGUGCUUAGCCGUACUCUUCAAACACAAAGAAAGCAAUAAAAUUUCCAACAUUGACCAAAUCGUCAAAUCACUCGUUCUGAAAGUUGAAAACAGCAAACAAUACCCAUGUGAUUUGAUUCGACUUGCAAUUGUAGCACUUGGAGAAGUGUUGUUUAAUAAUCUAAGUAGGUCAGAUGGAGACAUUUUCAACGUGUUUAAACUGUCUAUUGCCUACGAGGGUACAAACAAAGCUACGAUGGAUGUUUUAACAGAGGUGUACGCAACAAGGAAGCUACCCGAGGAUUACUCGGUGUACAUUUUGGAGAAACUCGAGCCUUAUAUCCUCUCCAGUAACGAUUCCACCUCGGUUUCGGCAUUAGUACUAACAAAUGAGAUUGCUUUACAGAUACCUCCUAGAAAAUAUGACAAAAUAAUGACAAGCUUAUUACUGUUGCUUCAGGUAACAAAUCCAACCAAUUAUAAAUACAUAUUCCAGAUCUUUGAGUAUUGGUAUGAAUUUUUGUUUCAAGAUGAAACUUCUGCUUCAAUUUUACUUGAAACGAUAGUAAAAUUAGUAAAUGAGGACAAGAUACUGGUGAAUGAGGUACUGUUUUUCAGUUUAGUCAGGAGCGCAUGUCAAUUAGAUGAAACCAUAUACGAUCAUCUAUACCAGUCAUUAAACACUGACUUGCCCAUUUCGGCCAAGAUUUUGGCAGUUUGUGCUAAUGAAAGCAAAAAGCAGGAUCUAGUCAAUACCAAAUUGAGCGAGUUUGCUCAAUACUCCAACUCAAACAUCAAUGAACCUCGACUUGCACUCGUCAUUUUAUUCCUAACUUUCGCAGAUAUCGAUACCCCAGAACUCAAUGUGAAUACGUUAAUCGAGUUAUUGCGUAAAAAGAAAUUUACCAAUCAAGCUAACCAGCAAGCGGUGUCUACUGCUUUGGGAUUAUUGGCCAAAAAGCGUACUGAUACCACAAUUUCACCAAUACUAUCUGCAUAUUCGAAUGAAGAGAGUACUCAAACACGAGGUUGCUUAAUUGAGGCAUUGAAAGUUGCAGUUGAUGCAUGCGACUCAAAGCAAAAGCUACAAAUCUGGAAAGCAAUCUUUGGUUUACAAAUUGAGUUUACUCAAGAUUUGAUCCCAGAAUUGAGAAAAUCAGGAGAACUAUUGGGAGCAAUUGCCUUGUCUAUCAACGCGCGUGAAAUUGAACGCAUUGUUGAGGGCCAGCCGGAUAACAAAAGCAUAUACUUGAUUUUGGUUGUUUCGAAAUAUUUGAUAAGCAAUCUUGAAGCAUCAAAAACAAAUGAAAAAUUAUUGACGUACUUGAUAAAAGCCUCAGUAGAGUGGCUCGAUGUGGUGGACAUUGAUAUCAGACAAAUUGUUGUGGGCAAUUUAUUAACUGGUAUACACAUCAAACCGCUAAUUAUGGCCCCACUCUUGAAUCAAGUCAUUUUACCAAAAUUGAUUAAACAAUUGACAGCUGAAAAGGCAUUUAAAAAGGUAAUCACAAUGGGUCCCUACAAGUAUGUAUUGGAUCAAGGAGCAGAGAUCAGAAAACUAUGUUAUGAGUUCAUAUACUCGGUGAUGGCUGCCAACGGUAAUGCACUUCUCAAGCACAACAUCGACAUACAACUACUUGGGAGGCACAUAAUAGAACAGGGGUUGCUUGAUGAACAACCAGAAGUUGUUGUUUUAGCAUGUACUAAUUUGGCCAAUUUCUUUGAGCAUCAUUACCCCGAGGCCAAAGAGUUGAUUAAAACAGGUAACAUAGAAUUGGUUCGGCUUUUAAUUGAGGGAUUGAACAAACAAUUGGCUAAAAAGUUAUCAGCGAAAGCAUCAUCCCAAGAAACAGAGAACCAUCAAGAAAGAAUAAAGUCAAUUAUUAAAUUAUCCAAAAAGAUUGCCACUGUUUUGGACAGCAUGGAACCAGAGUUUAAUGAGAAUACACAAAUUUUUGAUGCUUGGAACAAAUACAACUCAACUGUUAAGCAAGAUUUCACAGUGUAUUAUAGCAGUACCAAUGUAUAG